UAGGCAAGGGUUAUGGUUAGGGUAGGGGUUGGGAUUUAGGUUCAGGUUAAGGUAAGGACUUCCCAAGGAUCCCGGAUAGCAGCACUGAUCCUAGAGGAAUUGCGUCAGGAAGCUGGCGAUGCGCCAUAAAGUCGCUAGCUAGAGCGCUCAGAAAAAAUGUUAUUCUGAGCGACUGUAAGGAAUGCUACAGGAGAGGGACUGUAGAAUUUCCACAUCAUAUUUACUGAAGCAGUUUGCAUUGAUAGCUUCCAACAUUGCAUCGAUUUGUGACUUAUCAAUCAAUUUUCACUUCAGAAUCGCGAGAUGACAUAUGUGUAUAGCUCUCACGAGUUAGCAAGCAAGCAUGCAAGCAAUAAGCUAGAAGCUAGCUAGCUGUUUUGUUGUAAAUUAAGAAAUCCACCCGAAAUAAUGAGGCCUGGGAAUCGGAUGAAUUAUGGCUGCAACGCGUUAACUAAUCGUCAAGUUGGUAUCUGCACAGAUGGAGCAGCUCAUCAUGACACCAACUGACAACCCUGCAGAAUUUUAGCAACAAACAUAAUCGAGAGCCAAAUGGUGUUUGUAAGCUUUCAAACAUGGGUGACAUGAAGACCCCUGAUUUUGACGAUCUUUUGGCUGCCUUUGACAUCCCUGAUGCCACCAGUUUGGAUGCUAAAGAGCCCAUCCAGGAGAGUCAUGAUGAGGCAGAAGGUCAGCUGAAACACACAGAGAUGUGUAUGGAGGACAGUGUAUCUGUUCACCAAGCUAUGGGUGCGUCUGAUGUUCCUGCUGUCAGUGUUAUAGUGAAGAACACAAGUCACCAGGAAUCGCCUGAUAGUGGUGGAGAGGACCCACAUUUCGGAUACCCAUUGCAAAAUGGGUUCAGGGGGUCAGGGGCCUCCAUGGACUCUCAUCAGAUAGGCCACUGUGGUUCUAAGUCUUUUGUGUGUGCUUUGAAGGGAAAUGGCUCAAGAGGACUCUUAGGGAAGACCCCCAUCCAGCAAAAACCUGAAGGAACACCUUCCUUCUCUCAGUCCUUUUCCCAGUUCAGCCCCAUCUCUAGUCCAGAAUCUGAAGACACCCCAAGCAAUGGGGUUGAUGUCCAUCCAAAACAAGAGAGACCCUACUUCCCUGCUGCCUCUAUAUUUAUGUCUGCAGAUCCCCCAAUGUCAGACAAUCAGAAAAAACAGCUGUCUUACAGUAUGUUUGACCAGUGCCAUAAAGUAGACUGUGAAGAACUUGAGAACCUCCCAAGUAGCAAAGGAGAAUCUAUCAAAGCAAAGGAUACCAGAACAGAGGUGAAGCCUGACAGUAAUGCCAGUGACCAGAAGGACAAGGGAGAUUGUCAUAGUAGUGCAGUGCUCCCUGCAAAUGAUCAUAACAUUAUUGAGUCAAGCAGUAACAAUAUAGUGGCAACGUCUAAGAUGUCCACCUCUCAUCCAUGUGUCAAAACUCCAACAUCCAAACUAUCGUCUUGCCUUGAGGCGUUAGUGGCACUGAAUGCCAGAAGUUAUCCCAGUGAACCACCAAAUUCUGGAGACUUAACAGUGGCUCAUGACGGCACCAUGAAUGUUAGUCCAAAAAGGCCCAUGUCACCACAAAGUCCCCGGAGUCCCCCUGAAACUGUGAAGCGGUUAAUGAAGCCACCUGACAGUCCUGUAAGCAUUUGCAGUGAUAGCAGUGGCAAGGGAUCCCCAGCACUGGCAUCUGGCUCACCCCCAGCCAUACCGAGGGUCAGAAUAAAGACCAUAAAAACUACGACUGGGCAAAUCCAGCGCACGGUUACCAGUGUAGUACCUGAUUCAGAAAAUGAGGAGGUCCUGUCUGUUGAGUCCUCCCCAUCCCAGAAAAUUAUUGUUGAGGAGGCCUACUCUAGUUUGUCUCCCUAUCCCUCUCAUAAUGUGAUAAGCAAUAUCAUCGUUGAUAUGCCCAUCAAAAGUACACCAGUUGGUAUUCUGCUGUCAAAGGUUACUGAUGACAAAUUAAAGGGGAACUCCAAGAGGCCAAGACCAAUGCAGUCCCCAACUAUUUUUCAUAAUACAAGUAGUCCGGUUAUGAGACCUAUGCCGGUUGCCCAGCACGGGCCUUCUACACAAAAGAGGAUUUCAUCAGUUCAAACAGGCAACUCGCCCAAUGCAAGCUUCCUUCCUAAGGCAAUGCACUUAGCUAACCUGAACCUAGUCCCUCACAGCGUUGCUGCAUCAGUCGCAGCACGCUCCACCUCCCAUCAACAGAGCCAACAACAUGCACUUCCCUCCUCUAUGGUGUGCAGCACUGUCCCAUUGGUGCAUCAAGUAAAAAAAGCUGCCCCUAAUCCAUGUGCUACCAUUCCUAGCACAGCAGCAGGUACUUUAAACAGACUGUUAAACAAUGCCAACCCUGUACCCACAUUUGUACCCAACCUGAACCCACCACCUGAGAGCAACAUCCACUUGCCACCACGCGGAUAUUGCUGUCUUGAAUGUGGGGACUCCUUUGGGGUAGAAAGGAGUCUCGCCUAUCAUUAUGGCAGGAGGAGUGUGCACAUUGAAGUAGCCUGCACCCACUGUGCUAAGACCAUGGUAUUCUUCAACAAGUGCGCCCUGCUGGCACAUGCACGGGAACAUAAGAACAAAGGUGUGGUGAUGCAGUGCACACAGCUCUCCAUGAAACCCAUAGCAGAGGGACAGAUGUUUGUACCUUUGCUCGCUGAAUCCUCUGUGCAUGUGGGCUCCCAUGUGCCCCCAUUAUCUUCAUCUAAAAGCCAACCAGUCAUGCCCCUCUAUCCAGACAAAGUCAUCCGCCACAGACUCCGCUGCCUGGAGUGUAACAAGCAGCUAUCAGAUUACAGAGGUCUCGCAGGCCAUUACCAGAGGCUGUCGGAAGAAAUGGAGGGACUGAUGUGUAAGGUGUGCCCGAUGCUGCUACCGAACAAGUGCAGCUUCCGGGCUCACCAGCGUAUUCAUGCCCACAAGUCCCCUUACUGCUGCCCUGAGUGUGGUGCGCUGAGUCGCUCUGUGGACAUACAGAAGCAUGUGAAGGAGAACUGUCUUCACUAUGCACGCAAGGCUGGCUAUAAGUGUCUUCACUGUGAUAUGGUUUUCAUGUCAUUUAAUGUGCAGAAGAGUCACAUUGAGGAGAAACACUGUGAGGUCUUCUAUAAGUGCACUAUCUGUCCUGUUGCCUUCAAGUCUUCUGAUGGAUGUCAAAUGCAUUUGACAACUAAGCACAAUGCCAGCGUAGUGUCUCCUCAGUUAAUCUUCAAGUGUUCUUGUGAGACAGUGUUCAAGAAAAAGCAGUUAUUGCUUCAGCACUUCCAUCAAAAUGCCAAAAAGCUUACAACCUGUGUGUUCAAGUGUCCUGAGUGCACUUCAGUCUUCACCCAAAAGCAGUCGUUAAUGCAGCAUUUUAAGGGGGUGCAUGGAGGAAUCUUCAAAGAGGUGGAGAAAAGCACAAAACCAACAGAGAUGACUGCACAGCACCAAGAUGUUACCUCUGUAUUCCACCAGCCAAAGGUAAACACUCCCAUUAAACACUCUGAUGCAACCAGAAAGAGGGCCAACUUGGCUGCUCGGGACAGGAAGACCAAUCUGAAAAAUGCUGGUUGGACCUGUGGAGAGUGCCUACACUGGCUGCCUGACCGAGAAGUCUACGUCUCUCACAUGAAGAACAACCAUGGGAGGUCACUGAAGAGGUAUCCAUGCCGGCAGUGUGAGAGGUCUUUCAAUUCCUCUACAAGUUUGAGAAGACACAUUCGCAAUGACCACGAUGGAAAGAAAACCUUUACCUGCUGGUAUUGCACAGAUGAGAGGACAACAUUCACCACAAACAUCAUGCUGAAGAACCACAUCAGUUUGAUGCAUGGGAUCAAAAAUCCAGACUUUAGUCUGUCAAAAUCAACCCCUCUGGAUACCAGCAAAGCCUUGGGAGAGAGGCUUGUUUCAAAGAGACCUGCUGUGGCAUCCCAGAUGGAGGGGGAGGAUGGUGCUGCCCUAGAAGGCUCCUCUACCAAACGUCUGAAAUCUCACUUUCGCUGCACUAAGUGUGGUUUCACCUCAGAGGAUGGCACACAGUUCCAGCAGCACAUACCUCAGCAUAAAACUGAUAAAAAUUCUCCCCAAUGCCUGCACUGUGGAUUAUGUUUUGCAUCUCAGCUGUCUCUCAACAGACACCUGUUUAUUGUGCACAAAGUCAAAGACCCCGAGGAAGAGAGGAAGGAAAUGGACGUGGAGUAUGAGAGCAGAAAGAAGCAGGAAGAGGACAUGGGGAAAACAGUGGGUGUGAAUGAGGGAGAGGACUUGCCACCUCCAUUAGUUAAAUCUGACCCUUCACGGGAUGAGGAUCCAACCAGGUUGCACUGUGAGACUGCAGUAAGACCAUUGACCUUUAAAUCCACAUACAGCACUGACCUAGAGAUUCAUGGAUAAUCUUCAGGCAUAAUAGAAUCAAUAAGAGCAAUUUUGAACUUCUUAAAAGCUGCUAUCUCCAUUUCUUUGGUAAAUAGUAGUUGCGGUUUUCUUUUUUUUGCCUUAAAACAAAAUGCUUUUUAUGUUUCUCAAGCCCUUGGGACUGGCAGAUGUUCCUCAUCAACUGAAAAUAUAAAAUUCAUCUUGUGUAAUUUUGGGCCAAGAUUAUCAUUCAUUUACUUUAAUUUUACCUUUUGAAGCUUGCAUGUGUUAUAUUAAAUGUCUUUAAGAGCCUUUGGUACAUAACCACACCCACCUGUUAAGGUACACUGUUUGGUUCAGCAGUAUUCUCUAGUGACUCCAGUUACUCUGACAAGCGACUCAGGAACGUCAAGGAGCUGUCCCUCAGGCUAACCUCCCAUUAACUUUGAUAUAAUAAAAGCCUAUAGACUUUGCUUUAGUCUAUAGCAGAAAUAUAUGUUUGGUUUCCUACUUAAGUACAUUAUAAUAGAUGGUGCUUCAGGCAGGUCGUGACGAUACUGACAGUAUUGCAACUUCUAUCAUACUGUAUGUAUAUGUUGAAAUAUUUAUUCUGACCUAGGUAUCACUUAGCACAGAAGAAAUAUUUGAUAUCAAUUCCACACCACGUGGUAUGGAAUUUAUUAUAAGAUCUGGUUAAACUACCAAAAUAGCGCUUUUAUACAAGAUAUAAUACAGGUGUUGGAGUUAGAGGCAAUCAGCAGUUGCUACAUCAAUUUUUGGACCUAUACAUUUAUAUGUACCCAUUUGAUUCUUGAAAAAUAUAACGUGAGCUUAUUUCAACUGUCAUACAUUAGUAAAUGUAAGCAAACAUGUACAACAUGGUUAAAGAUAAAUAAUUUUGAUAUCAUGAAUGAUCAGUCCUUUCAUCCAGAGCUAUGGCUAUAAUUUCUAGUGCGUACGUUUCUCCAGCCCCAUCUGUUUUUUACUGAAACGGGCAGGGAAAACACUUUUUCUUCUGCUGCUUUAAAUGCCUUGCUAAAAGAUAUUACACUUGUUUUUACUGUACUCUUGCUUUUGUACCCUGAUAAAAGUGAGCUUUCAUUCAUUUAAAAUGCUCUUAUAUCUAUGUUUAGAGUAGUGGUGACUUGUCUUAGCGAUGUCAUUGUUUUUCUUGGUUAAUUGUGAUCUUCGGUGAGUGUUCAUUGAAUGUGAGAGAGCAUCUGUUUUGCAAGAUAAUGCAGGGUGUUAAAUGGCUCAUUUCUAACGGUGUACUAAGGCAAUUGAAAGAGCAAUGAUUAAAUGUAAAGGGUUAUAGCAUGUUUGAGUGCAUGUGAAAAAUGUGAAAUAAGCUGAAUAUAAAGACCUGUGCAGCUCUUCCUUCCUACCUCCACGGUAUAUGGCAGUGAUUGUUCAACUUUGGAUGUUUUGGGAGAUUUCACCUUUGGUCUUGCUGCAAUGUAAAAUGUAUUAUUAUUCUCAAAAUGUAUAUUAUCUCCCACAAUAUUCAAUUUUAUAAAUUACUUUGGAGAUUGAUAUUUAUAGUCACAUUGACUUAUUUGUGAACUUUCUAUUUAAGUGCUGUAUGAACUGUUCAUUUUCUAGUGGUUAUAUGAAUCAGUGUUCAUACUUUAAAUAGAUCCAGUGUUAACUCAGUGGUUGAUAUGAAACUUCACAUCUCAGUGUUUUUAUAGCCUGUCAAGAGGAACUUUGUACUUUUGAUAUGUACAAUAUUAAGGACAUGUAAGCUAACCCAUGUACACAGUAGCUAAUUAACCUUUUAUUAACAUUAUUUCUUAAGCCAUCACAUAUCUUUUCAACCUGCAUUGGCCAUUGUGCCUUGCUGUAAUGUUUACUUCAAAUAAUUGCAAAUAAACAUGUACAUGACUGCAUCAGCA